GGUGAGUGAACGGUGACAUCGUGGUCUCUGCCGCUCUUCUAAAAAUUAUAGAAAAUAAAGUAUUUGUCCACUCUAGAACCCCAGCUACUUUCCAUUGGUAAUAAGUGUUUAUUUGUGUUAUUUCAACAGGUCGCAGCCAUGGGUCGCCGCCCAGCCCGAUGGUGAGUGUUUUUGUCGCGUAGUUUUAGCUCCAGUAUAAAGUCUGACACUGGGUGAAAAUACAAAAUGGCGGAUGUGUCUGCACAAUGUGCAGCAAUGAGCCGGCUAACUACAUUCGCAGGGUUGCUGUGAAAUGAUUUAUAUGCCGUAACGUAAACUUGUGUUGUCAUUAAACUGACUAGCUAGAUGGUAUGUUACACACUGUCAGCGAUGUCUACGUCCCCGUCAUAUACCUAGUUAACACUAACUCCUCUGUAGCUCAGCUGGUAGAGCACGGCGCUUGUAACGCCAAGGUAGUGGGUUCAAUCCCCGGGACCACCCAUACACAAAAAUGUAUGCACGCAUGACUGUAAGUCGCUUUGGAUAAAAGCGUCUGCUAAAUGGCAUAUUAUUAUAUUAUUAACUCAUGUAGCUAGCUGGAUUAGAAGGCUAACACCGCUAAUGGCAUUAGGUAGCGAAACUAGACGAUGCAACUUGUGGGUGGCGCAACAUACUUAUUUAUGGAGUUUAUUGGUGUCUUACAUUGGUCUGUGAUUAUUGGUACACAUUACACAGCAUAGUGAGGUUUAUACCGUACAGAAUAAAGAUAGCUCAGUUGGUAGAGCAUGGCGCUUGCAACGCCAGGGUUGUGGGUUCGAUUCCCACGAGGGGCCAGUAUGAAAAUGUAUGCACUCAAUAACUGUAAGUCGCUCUGGAUAAGCCUAUUCCUUUAUAGCCUGAAUAACCUUUUCAAUAAAUGCUCAACAAUUUACAGAAUGCGAGAGAACAAAGCAGCCCAAAACAUCAAAGUUUGUCUCGAUGUCAGAUGAUCUGGUCCAGAUAGCCGAAGUCCAUUUACAUUUUCUAUAGUGGACAAUCCAGUGACUAUUUUAAAAGACACAUUUAGCCUUCUGUCCAUUUGUUCUGAAUAUGACUUGAGUUUUUAUGCCUGCUGGCUUUCUCUCUCCUCCCACCGCUGUACUUCAUGACCAAACAAUGAAUUUAUCUAACACUGAAGGCUAAUGUCAGUUGCAUGCUAAAUUGACUGCAUCACUACUUGUCUUUGUGAGAGGUGUUGAAGGCACCGAACUGUCUGUUCAAACAGCUCAGACACCCAUACAUACCCCACAAGACAUGCCACCAGGGGUCCCUUUACAGUUUAGAACCGAGGCCAUGAAACUCAGUACUACAUAGAGCCAUGACUACAUGGAACUCUAUUCCACAUCAAGUAACUCAAGCAAGCCGUAAAAUCAGACUUAAAAAAAUAAAUAAAUAAUCAAAUUUAUACUCAGGACAACAUGGACUGUGAAGAGACACACUCUAGUAACACACCCAUUACAAAUGUAUAAUACAACAUUACAAUGUUUUUUUAUUUAUGAUGUAGGCUGUUGCCUUUUAUGUAAUUUUUUAUUCCUGUCUGGACCCCAGGAAGAGUAGCUGUUGAAUUGGUGGCAGCCUAUGGGGAUUCUAAUAAAUACUAAACAAGAACAUGUGUUCUUAACUGCAGCUUAUUAAGCCGACCAGUCUCGCUGCAGUGUGGUUCUGGUGUGCAGUGGCUGCAGACAGUGACUCUGUGGUUGUGUAUGAGGCCAGCUGGGAGGUGCUGGCCCCUUUAAGGGACCGCUGAGACAAAACGUUACAAUGUUUUAAUUCUGCCAACUACUGAGGGUGUAGCUAGUUGACUGUUUGCUAUGUCUAUUUGGUCGCUUACAGCUGGAAUGUGACCUUUUGAGCGACCUGACCAAAUUCACAGAAAUAUGAGUUAUAUACUGAACAGAAAUGUAAACGCUACAUGUAAAGUGUUGAUCCCAUGUUUCAUGAGCUGAAAUAACAGAUCCCAGCAACUUUCCACAUGCUCAAAGAGUGGCCUAUUCCUUUAUAGCCUGAAUAACCUUUUUCAAUAAAUUUAACAAUUUACAGCCAUUUUACAUUUUCUAUAGUGGACAAUCCAGUGACUAUUUUAAAAGACACAUUUAGUCUUCUGUCCAUUUGUUCUGAAUAUGACUUCAGUUUUUAUGCCUGCUGGCUUUCUCCCUCCUCCCGCCGCAGUACUUCAUGAUCAAACAAUGAAUUUAUCUAAUGCCGUAAGUUCUCAAAGUUUUGAAUAACCUAAAAACAUGCUAGGCAAUAAUCAGGUAGAACAAACAAUAGAAAGAUGGAAAAAUCUAAGGAAUAGUUUGCCACAAACCUUACAGUUGAGCAAAGCUUAGUCUAAAAUAAAUUAUUCAUGCAUCCCUCCUCGCUGUUGCGAAACAAACGGCCAAAAAGCGAAAUCCUACAAAUUAACUUUACAUUUACGUCAUUUAGCAGACGCUCUUAUCCAGAGCGACUUACAAAUAGGUGCAUUCACCCUAUAGCCAGUGGGAUAACCACUUUACAAUAUCUUUUUUUUUUUAGGGGGGGGGGGGGGGUAGAAGGAUUACUUUAUCCUAUCCCAGGUAUUCCUUAAAGAGGUGGGGUUUCAAAUGUCUCCGGAAGGUGGUGAGUGACUCCGCUGUCCUGGCGUCGUGAGGGAGCUUGUUCCACCAUUGGGGUGCCAGAGCAGCGAACAGUUUUGACUGGGCUGAGUGGGAACUAUGCUUCCGCUGAGGAAGGGGAGCCAGCAGGCCAGAGGUGGAUGAACGCAAUGCCCUCGUUUGGAUGUAGGGACUGAUCAGAGCCUGAAGGUACAGAGGUGCCGAUCCCCUCACAGCUCCAUAGGCAAGCACCAUGGUCUUGUAACAGAUGCGAGCUUCAACUGGAAGCCAGUGGAGUGUGCGGAGGAGCGGGGUGACGUGAGAGAACUUGGGAAGGUUGAACACCAGACGGGCUGCGGCAUUCUGGAUGAGUUGUAGGGGUUUAAUGGCACAGGCAGGGAGCCCAGCCAACAGCGAGUUGCAGUAAUCCAGACGGGAGAUGACAAGUGCCUGGAUUAGGACCUGUGCCGCUUCCUGUGUAAGGCAGGGUCGUACUCUCCGAAUGUUGUAGAGCAUGAACCUGCAGGAUCGGGUCACCGCCUUGAUGUUAGCGGAGAACGACAGGGUGUUGUCCAGGGUCACGCCAAGGCUCUUCGCACUCUGGGAGGAGGACACAACGGAGUUGUCAACCGUGAUGGCGAGAUCAUGGAACGGGCAGUCCUUCCCCGGGAGGAAGAGCAGCUCCGUCUUGCCAGGGUUCAGCUUGAGGUGGUGAUCCGUCAUCCAUACUGAUAUGUCUGCCAGACAUGCAGAGAUGUGAUUCGCCACCUGGUUAUCAGAGGGGGGAAAGGAGAAGAUUAGUUGUGUAUCGUCUGCGUAGCAAUGAUAGGAGAGGCCAUGUGAGGAUAUGACAGAGCCAAGUGACUUGGUGUAUAGGGAGAAUAGGAGAGGGCCUAGAACUGAGCCCUGGGGGACACCAGUGGUGAGAGCACCUGGUGCGGAGACAGCUUCUCGCCACGCCACUUGGUAGGAGCGACCGGUCAGGUAGGACGCGAUCCAGGAGUGAGCCGCGCCGGAGAUGCCCAGCUCGGAGAGGGUGGAGAGGAGGAUCUGAUGGUUCACAGUAUCAAAGGCAGCAGACAGGUCUAGAAGGACAAGAGGAGAGAGAGUUAGCUUUAGCAGUGCGGAGAGCCUCCGUGACACAGAGAAGAGCAGUCUCAGUUGAAUGACCAGUCCUGAAACCUGACUGGUUUGGAUCAAGAAGGUCGUUCUGAGAGAGAUAGCAAGAGAGUUGGCUAAAGACGGUACGCUCAAUAGUUUUGGAAAGAAAAGAAAGAAGGGAUACUGGUCUGUAGUUGUUGACAUCAGUGGGAUCGAGUGUUGGUUUUUUGAGAAGGGGUGCAACUCUCGCUCUCUUGAAGACGGAAGGGACAUAGCCAGCGGUCAAGGAUGAGUUGAUCAGCGAGGUGAGGUAGGGGAGAAGGUCACCGGAGAUGGUCUGGAGAAGAGAGGAGGGGAUGGGGUCAAGCGGGCAGGUUGUUGGGCGGCCUGCAGUCACAAGUCGCAAGAUUUUAUCUGGAGAGAGAGGGGAGAAAGAAGUCAAAGCAUAGGGUAGGGCAGUGUGAGCAGGACCAGCAGUGUCAUUAGACUUAACAAACGAGGAUCGGAUGUCGUCAACCUUCUUUUCAAAGUGGUUGACGAAGUCAUCCACAGAGAGAGAGGAGGGGGGGGGGGGAUUCAGCAGGGAGGAGAAUGUGGCAAAGAGCUUCCUAGGGUUAGAGGCAGAUGCUUGGAAUUUAGAGUGGUAGAAAGUGGCCUUAGCAGCAGAAACAGAUGAAGAAAAUGUAGAGAGGAGGGAGUGAAAAGAUGCCAGGUCGGCAGGGAGUUUAGUUUUCUUCCAUUUCCGCUCCACUGCCCGGAGCUCUGUUCUGUGAGCUCGCAAUGAGUCAUCAAGCCACGGAGCUGGAGGGGAGGACCGAGCCGGCCGGGAGGAUAGGGGACACAGAGAGUCAAAGGAUGCAGAAAGGGAGGAGGGUUGAGGAGGCAGAAUCAGGAGAUUGGAGGGAGAAUGAUUGAGCAGAGGGAAGAGAUGAUAGGAUGGAAGAGGAGAGAGUAGUGGGAGAGAGAGAGCGAAGGUUGCGGUGGCGCAUUACCAUCUGUGUAGGGGCAGAGUGAGUAGUGUUGGAGGAGAGCGAGAGAGAAAAGGAUACAAAGUAGUGGUCGGAGACUUGGAGGGGAGUUGCAGUGAGAUUAGUAGAAGAGCAGCAUCUAGUAAAGAUGAGGUCAAGCGUAUUGCCUGCCUUGUGAGUAGGGGGGGACGGUGAGAGGGUGAGGUCAAAAGAGGAGAGGAGUGGAAAGAAGGAGGCAGAGAGAAAUGAGUCAAAUGUAGACGUAGGGAGGUUGAAAUCCCCCAAAACUGUGAGGGGUGAGCCAUCCUCAGGAAAGGAACUUAUCAAGGCGUCAAGCUCAUUGAUGAACUCUCCAAGGGAACCUGGAGGGCGAUAGAUGACAGCAUUUCAAAAUGCUUUUUAAAAUAGCAUUUCAAAAGCAUUAAAGGAGUAUUUCACUUUUACAACUUGAUGUUAGAUGAUUCCUCACCCUGAAAGUAGUCUAUGGACCAGGAGAAACUAAUCCAUGGUUCGGUUUUCUUUAAACAGCCACUAGAAACUUCAGCUAACUUUAGCCACCGCAAGUUAACAAUCAAUGGAAGUGAUGGGGGCAUGUGAGCAUGUUUUUUAAAUGUCAAAAUCACCUAAGUAACAUCAAACCAAAUAUGGAGUUGAUUUCAGGUGAUUUGGGCUUUUUAAACAUGCUCACAUCACUUCCAUUGAUUUGUUAACUACUUUCAGGGUGAGGAACCAUCUAACAUCAAGUUGUAAAAUACUAUUUUAAGGCAAGUUAAUAUUAUGGAGUUUUCUUUGUAGCUCAUUUGGUAGAGCAUGGUGCUUGAAAUGCGUUGCUUGUAAUGCCAGGGUAGUGGGUUCCAUUCCCGGGACCACCCAUAUGUAAAAUGUAUGCACGCAUGACUGUCACUUUGUAUAAAAACGUCUGCUAAAUGGCAUAAUUAUUCCCAAAUAGGCUAAUAGUGUUUAAUGUCCUGAAGCUUCAGCUUUCAAAUAGGAACAAUUGUGAGUCUUAUAGGUGAUUUCUUUAUCACAACUUUUUUUUUUUAUUACGACUAUUACAGGCAACAACAAGUGAAAUUGUCAGACCACUUCAAGAUGGAAAAAUCAAAUGAAGUCAAACGGGAACUUAGAGCUGAGCAAAGCUUAUGAAGGAAACGAAGUGUAGAGUAGGCCUAUUUCCAUAGCUUAUUAUUGGCAGUGUAUAUGGAACCUACCGGCAACGUAUAGAGGUGUUGUAAGAGGAAGAUUAGGCAGAUCAUUAAAUAAUGAUUCUGUUCUGGGGACGGCAGAGUUGUGCUCUGCAGCUGGGCCCUUCAUGGGGACGGCAGAGUUGGGCCCUUCAUGGGGACGGCAGAGUUGUGCUCCGCAGCUGGGCCCUUCAUGGGGACGGCAGAGUUGUGCUCCGCAGCUGGGCCCUUCAUGGGGACGGCAGAGUUGUGCUCUGCAGCUGGGCCCUUCAUGAUUUACAACAAAUCACGUGACUCACAACCAGUGAGGCAGUCUUGCACGUCGACAUCUCCUUCGUGCCACAGAGAGGAAUAGGCUAUUUUUGUACAGAUUUUUUUUUUGUGUGGCUGAAAUAUAUUUUGUCAUGGUUAAUCUCAUCCCUCCUGUAGCAUGUUUACGCCAGCAGUCCUUUUUUAGCUGUGUUUUUUGCGUUUGACCUUUUUGGGGGUUGGCCAUUGUAUAUCAAUGUUUUAUGGGUACUUAAUCACGAUUGGACAGAGGUUGACAUCGCCCAAUCCUAGUACUGCAGACUCUGGUUGUUUGAGGCCAGCUGGAAGGUGCUGGCCCCUUUAAGGGACCGCUGAGGCAACAUGCUGACUGGUUAGAUUUCCUUUACACGCUAAUAAACAUGGCGUUCUCUGGAGAACUUCUGAUCACUCCUACAUUGUUGGCAUUUCCCUGUGUUGAAUGUAAAAGUAGCUGACACAACCACUUGACCAACCAAAUUGUGACUGAGCCAGUAGCCUAUAGUAGUGCUACUGUAGGUAGUCAGUUAGCUACGAGCCGCUACUGUAGGUAGUCAGUUAGCUACGAGAAGCUACUGUAGGUAGUCAGUUAGCUACGAGCCGCUACUGUAGGUAGUCAGUUAGCUACGAGCCGCUACUGUAGGUAGUCAGUUAGCUACGAGCAGCUACUGUAGGUAGUCAGUUAGCUACGAGCCGCUACUGUAGGUAGUCAGUUAGCUACGAGCCGCUACUGUAGGUAGUCAGUUAGCUACGAGCCGCUACUGUAGGUAGUCAGUUAGCUACGAGCAGCUACUGUAGGUAGUUAGUUAGCUACGAGCCGCUACUGUAGGUAGUCAGUUAGCUACGAGCCGCUACUGUAGGUAGUCAGUUAGCUACGAGCCGCUACUGUAGGUAGUCAGUUAGCUACGAGAAGCUACUGUAGGUAGUCAGUUAGCUACGAGCCGCUACUGUAGGUAGUCAGUUAGCUACGAGCAGCUACUGUAGGUAGUCAGUUAGCUACGAGCCGCUACUGUAGGUAGUCAGUUAGCUACGAGCAGCUACUGUAGGUAGUCAGUUAGCUACGAGCAGCUACUGUAGGUAGUCAGUUAGCUACGAGCAGCUACUGUAGGUAGUCAGCUGACAAUUGUUUGAUUAAACCAUCUGUCUCUCCCUUAGCUAUCGCUACUGCAAGAACAAGCCCUACCCCAAGUCCCGCUUCUGUCGCGGUGUGCCUGGUAAGUUCUCUCUCCUUUACCUUGAGGUUAUUCCCACUCAAACAAGAAAAUUAGUUGGCCCAGAACAGAGCAGCACCUCAGGCCCCUAAAUGGACACUGAAGGCUAAUGUCAGUUGCAUGCUAAAUUGACUGCAUCACUACUUGUCUUGGUGAGAGGUGUUGAAGGCACCGAACUGUCUGUUCAAACAGCUAACACACAGCUCAGACACCCAUACAUACCCCACAAGACAUGCCACCAGGGGUCUCUUUACAGUUUAGAACCGAGGCCAUGAAACUCAGUACUACAUAGAGCCAUGACUACAUGGAACUCUAUUCCACAUCAAGUAACUCAAGCAAGCCGUAAAAUCAGACUUAAAAAAAAAAAAACUCAAAUUUACACUCAGGACAACAUGGACUGUGAAGAGACACACUCUAGUAACACACACAUUACAAAUGUAUAAUACAACAUUACAAUGUUUUUUAUUUAUGAUGUAGGCUGUUGCCUUUUAUGUAAUUUUUUAUUCCUGUCUGGACCCCAGGAAGAGUAGCUGUUGAAUUGGUGGCAGCCUAUGGGGAUUCUAAUAAAUACUAAACAAGAACAUGUGUUCUUAACUGCAGCUUAUUAAGCCGACCAGUCUCGCUGCAGUGUGGUUCUGGUGUGCAGUGGCUGCAGACAGUGACUCUGUGGUUGUGUAUGAGGCCAGCUGGGAGGUGCUGGCCCCUUUAAGGGACCGCUGAGACAAAACGUUACAAUGUUUUAAUUCUGCCAACUACUGAGGGUGUAGCUAGUUGACUGUUUGCUAUGUCUAUUUGGUCGCUUACAGCUGGAAUGUGACCUUUUGAGCGACCUGACCAAAUUCACAGAAAUUAGUUAUAUACUGAACAGAAAUGUAAACGCUACAUGUAAAGUGUUGAUCCCAUGUUUCAUGAGCAGAAAUCACAGAUCCCAGCAACUUUCCAUAUGCUCAAAAAGCUUAUUUCUCUCCAUUUUGUGCACAAAUUUGUUUACAUCCCUGUUAGUGAGCAUUUCUCCCUUUGCCAAGAUAAUCCAUCCACCUGACAGGUGUGGCAUAUCAAGAAGCAGAUUAAACAGCAUGAUCAUUACACAGGUGCACCUUGUGCUGGGGACAAUAAAAUGCCCCUCUAAAAUGUGCAGUUUUGUCACACAACACAAUGCCACAGAUGUCUCAAGUUUUUAAGGAGCAUGCAAUUGGCAUGCUGACCACAGGAGUGUCCACCAGAGCUGUUGCCAGAGAAUUGAAUGUUAAUUUCUUUACGUCGUUUUAGUGAAUUUGUCAGUACGUCCAACCGGCCUCACAACCGCAGACCACGUGUAACCACGCCAGCCCAGGACCUCCACAUCCGGCUUCUUCACCUGCGUGAUCGUCUGAGACCAGCCACCCAGACAGCUGAUGAAACUGGGUUUGCACAACCAAAGAACUUCUGCACAAACUGUCAGAAACCAUCUCAGCUCAUCUGCGCGCUCGUCGUCCUCACCAGGGUCUUGACCUGACUGCACUUCAGAGGGCAAAUGCCCACCUUCGAUGGCCACUGACACACUGGGGAAGUGUGCUCUUCAUGGAUGAAUCCUGGUUUCAACUGUACCGGGCAGACUGCGUGUGUGUCGUCGUGUGGGAGAGCGGUUUGCUGAUGUCAACAUUGUGAACAGAGUGCCCCAUGGUGGCAGUGGGGUUAUGGUACGGGCAGGCAUAAGCUACGGACAACGAACACAAUUGCAUUUUAUCCAUGGCAAUUUGAAUGCACAGAGAUACCGUGACGAGAUCCUGAGGCCCAUUGUCGUGCCAUUCAUCCGCCGCCAUCACCUCAUGUUUCAGUAUGAUAAUGCACGGCCCCAUGUUGCAAGGAUCUGUACACAAUUCCUGGAAGCUGAAAAUGUCCCAGUUCUUCUAUGGCAUUCUCAUCAGACAUGUCACUCAUUGAGCAUGUUUGGGAUGCUCUGGAUCGACGUGGACGACAGCGUGUUCAGGUCCCGCCAAUAUCCAGCAACUUCGCACAGCCAUUGAAGAGGAGUGGGACAACAUUCCACAGGCCACAGUCAAAAGCCUGAUCAACUCUAUGCGAAGGAGAUGUGUCUCGCUGCAUGAGAAAAAUGGUAGUCACACCAGAUACUGACUGGUUUUCUGAUCAACACCCCUACUUAAAAAAAAAAAAAAAGGUAUCUGUGACCAACCGAUGCACAGUCAUGAAAGCCAUAGAUUAGGACCUAAUUCAUUUAUUUAUAUUGACUGAUUUCCGUAUGAACUGUAACUCAGUAAAACCGUUGAUUGUUGCGUUUUUGUUCAGUCAGUCGUUGGACGAAGAAGCAGUAAAUCUAUUUCUAUGCCUUAAGUUUUUCAUUUUUGAGUCUUAAUUUUGGUUUUGUACACCAGCUGAAAAUACUCUUUGGUAAUGGAAAAUAUCAGUGGUUCAGAUGGUACAAUGAUUCUUUGCACCAGGGUUUCCUAAACUCUCUCCUUGGGCCCCCCUGGGGGCAACAUUUUGGUUUUUGCCCUAGCGCUAACACAGCUGAUUCAAAUAACCAACUCAUCUUGACUGUUAGCGCUAGGGCAAAAACCAAAACGUUACCCCCAGGGGGGCCCCAGGACAGAGUUUAGGAAACCCUGGUGCAAAGAAUCAUUGUACCAUCUGAACCACAGUGAAAUACGUUUUCCAUACCUACAAAUAUUGUAUUUUCAGCUGGUGCACAAAACCAAAAGUAAAACUGGGGGGCCCCGGACAGAGUUUGGGAAACAGCUUGUUUUGUCACAAAAUGAAAUUAGGUAACCUCUUAGAACCAGGAAAUGGAGGAGUGAUUUCUGCAUAGUGCACCUUUUUUAAAGACAUUCAGAACAUCAUGAACUAUUUAACCUCUCCUGUCUCCUCUCUGUAGAUCCUAAGAUCAGGAUCUUUGACCUGGGCAGGAAGAAGGCCAGGGUGGAUGAGUUCCCUCUGUGUGGUCACAUGGUCUCUGACGAGUACGAGCAGCUGUCCUCCGAAGGUGAGGGGGCUGGGGUAUCUCUGGAGACAGUCACCUUCUCUGACCCACACACACACACAGACCAGGCACAUACUCACUCACUCACAAUGUUACACACACAUUGUCUUCUGAAAUGCAAGGUCAGAUCACCAUGUCACAUUGAUGUACUUUCCAUAUCUCCCAUCUUUCCUCUGGAGGCAGCCUGUCUGUUAACUCUCUCCUCUGGAGGCAGCCUGUCUGUUAACUCUCUCCUCUGGAGGCAGCCUGUCUGUUAACUCUCUCCUCUGGAGGCAGCCUGUCUGUUAACUCUCUCCUCUGGAGGCAGCCUGUCUGUUAACUCUCUCCUCUGGAGGCAGCCUGUCUGUUAACUCUCUCCUCUGGAGGCAGCCUGUCUGUUAACUCUCCCAUCUCUCCUGUAGCUCUGGAGGCAGCCCGUAUCUGUGCCAACAAGUACAUGGUGAAGACUUGUGGAAAGGACGGCUUCCACAUCCGGGUCCGCCUGCACCCCUUCCAUGUCAUCCGUAUCAACAAGAUGUUGUCCUGCGCUGGGGCUGAUAGGUACUGCACUCACUCUUCUACAAACUCCUAACACACACACACACACACACACACCUGCAGCUUAUUAAGCCGACCAGUCUCGCUGCAGUGUGGUUCUGGUGUGCAGUGGCUGCAGACAGUGACUCUGUGGUUGUGUAUGAGGCCAGCUGGGAGGUGCUGGCUUCUUUAAGGGACCGCUGAGACAACCUUUACAACUUGUGCUGCUGCUAUAUGUCAGACCAGGGGAUUUUUUAGAGCAGAGGGUUCGCCGGGGGGGGGGCGGGGGGGGGGGGGGCAGAGGGUUCGCCUGGGGGGGGGGGGCCUGAUGGUCAGUCUCAGCAGAGGGUGGGGAGCAGAGGGUUCGCCUCUCGGUCUCUGCUCCGGUCUCAGCAGAGGGGGGGGAGCAGAGGGUUCGCCUGGGGGGGGGGGGCCUGAUGGUCAGUCUCAGCAGAGGGUGGGAAGCAGAGGGUUCGCCUGGGGGGGGGUCUGAUGGUCAGUCUCAGCAGAGGGUGGGAAGCAGAGGGUUCGCCUGGGGGGGGGGCCUGAUGGUCAGUCUCAGCAGAGGGUGGGAAGCAGAGGGUUCGCCUGGGGGGGGGGCCUGAUGGUCAGUCUCAGCAGAGGGCUCUGCUCCGGUGAGACUGACCAGAGAGAGGGGACAGUCUUUCACCUAAUGGCCAAACUGGAGUCACAUUGUCUGCCUCAUGUUCCUAAUGACCAGAGAAAGUGAAAUAUUCCUAAACAUGAAAAUAGACCGGACUAUCUGCUAAUAAUAAAAACAGGUCUAUUGAUUCCAGCUGCAGCGCGAGUGGUAGGAAUUCAAACAGCACCUCUUUGCUGUAUUCUGUGACUCUCUGUGGUCAUGGUUUUAAAAGUAAUGAAAUCUCACCCAGGCUAGUAUCAGACUUUGCUGUGGGUUGGUGGACGCUGUAGGCCAAUGAUUUGAGCUAUCCGAUUGGCCAGCUCAAUAGGGCAGUUUGAUUUAGCCACAGCUCUCCUGGUCCACUGGGUAGGUCGAGUUUUUCCCUUCAGAUAAAUGAAAUAGUUCAAAAUGGGAACACUUUGCCUACCCAACGCACAGGGCUUCUGAGUCAACCUACUGUCAACCUACUGUCAACCUACUGUCAACCUACUGUCAACCGCGCAAGACCAAAAAAAAGAGCCUUAAUCGUUGACUGUUCUACAGCUUGGUGAUCGACCGGUUGGUGACCUCUGACAUCGAGUGUAGGGUGCCAUUUAAAGUCCAAGAUCAUUACAUGUGUUUUGUCUAUAAUUAAAUGUGUUCUCUCUGUGCGUCCAAUUCAACGUGGUUUGUUCUGUGUCUCUAGGCUCCAGACGGGGAUGCGUGGUGCGUUCGGCAAACCUCUGGGCACCGUGGCCCGUGUUAGAAUCGGUCAGGUGAUCAUGUCUGUCCGCACCAAGGCCAGCAACAAGGAGCACAUUAUAGAGGCUCUCCGCAGAGCCAAGUUCAAGUUCCCCGGACGCCAGAAGGUAACACACACAGACACACACUGUGGAUAACUGAUCAAAUGUGGUAGUGAUCAUUGUAAAGGUAUUUAACCAAAUAUUUUUUUUAUGUAAAUGAAAUGUUGAAGAAGUGUCGAGACACUUUUUGUGAUUUCACUUGGUUUUUGAAAUUUACCCCAACCAACAAUGGACUUCCUCAGGCAUUUACAUAAAACAAUCUAGAUUUGGUAAGUAAAAAAAUAAGCUACCUUGUCCUUUAACCCUCUGCUGUCUAAGCCGGGGGGGGUUCUACUAAGCUGUAUGCAAUGAGGUCAUACCAAGGGUCAUUUGGCUUUUUGAUGUAGAAUGUUAAGACCCCUUGAAGUAUCAAAAUAUCUAUAAAAAAUGAUUUGAGAAAUUGAAUUUGGCUUUACUGCUAUUAGCCCAUACAAACACAUUGAAUAACAGAUAGUCCUUACUGCUAUUAGCCCAUACAAACACAUUGAAUAACAGAUAGUCCUUACUGCUAUUAGCCCAUACAAACACAUUGAAUAACAGAUAGUCCUUACUGCUAUUAGCCCAUACAAACACAUUGAAUAACAGAUAGUCCUUACUGCUAUUAGCCCAUACAAACACAUUGAAUAACAGAUAGUCCUUACUGCUAUUAGCCCAUACAAACACAUUGAAUAACAGAUAGUCCUUACUGCUAUUAGCCCAUACAAACACAUUGAAUAACAGAUAGGCCUUACUGCUAUUAGCCCAUACAAACACAUUGAAUAACAGAUAGUCCUUACUGCUAUUAGCCCAUACAAACACAUUGAAUAACAGAUUCACUACAUGGAACAACAGAUAGUCCUUACUGCUAUUAGCCCAUACAAACACAUUGAAUAACAGAUUCACUACAUGGAACAACAGAUAGUCCUUACUGCUAUUAGCCCAUACAAACACAUUGAAUAACAGAUUCACUACAUGGAACAACAGAUAGUCCUUACUGCUUUAGCCCAUACAAACACAUUGAAUAACAGAUAGUCCUUACUGCUAUUAGCCCAUACAAACACAUUGAAUAACAGAUAGUCCUUACUGCUAUUAGCCCAUACAAACACAUUGAAUAACAGAUUCACUACAUGGAACAGCAUAUAGUCCUUACUGCUAUUAGCCCAUACAAACACAUUGAAUAACAGAUUCACUACAUGGAACAACAGAUAGUCCUUACUGCUAUUAGCCCAUACAAACAUGAAAUAACAGAUUCACUACAUGGAACAACAGAUAGUCCUUACUGCUUUAGCCCAUACAAACACAUUGAAUAACAGAUAGUCCUUACUGCUAUUAGCCCAUACAAACACAUUGAAUAACAGAUUCACUACAUGGAACAACAGAUAGUCCUUACUGCUAUUAGCCCAUACAAACACAUUGAAUAACAGAUAGGCCUUACUGCUAUUAGCCCAUACAAACACAUUGAAUAACAGAUAGUCCUUACUGCUAUUAGCCCAUACAAACACAUUGAAUAACAGAUAGUCCUUACUGCUAUUAGCCCAUACAAACACAUUGAAUAACAGAUAGUCCUUACUGCUAUUAGCCCAUACAAACACAUUGAAUAACAGAUUCACUACAUGGAACAACAGAUAGUCCUUACUGCUAUUAUCCCAUAUAAACACAUUGAAUAACAGAUUCACUACAUGGAACAACAGAUAGUCCUUACUGCUAUUAGCCCAUACAAACACAUUGAAUAACAGAUUCACUACAUGGAACAACAGAUAGCCCUUACUGCUAUUAGCCCAUACAAACACAUUGAAUAACAGACUCACUACAUGGAACAACAGAUAGUCCUUACUGCUAUUAGCCCAUACAAACACAUUGAAUAACAGAUAGUCCUUACUGCUAUUAGCCCAUACAAACACAUUGAAUAACAGAUAGUCCUUACUGCUAUUAGCCCAUACAAACACAUUGAAUAACAGAUAGUCCUUACUGCUAUUAGCCCAUACAAACACAUUGAAUAACAGAUAGUCCUUACUGCUAUUAGCCCAUACAAACACAUUGAAUAACAGAUAGUCCUUACUGCUAUUAGCCCAUACAAAACACAUUGAAUAACAGAUUCACUACAUGGAACAACAGAUAGUCCUUACUGCUAUUAGCCCAUACAAACACAUUGAAUAACAGAUUCACUACAUGGAACAACAGAUAGUCCUUACUGCUAUUAGCCCGUACAAACACAUUGAAUAACAGAUUCACUACAUUGAAUAACAGAGAGUCCUUACUGCUUUAGCCCAUACAAACACAUUGAAUAACAGAUUCACUACAUGGAACAACAGAUAGUCCUUACUGCUAUUAGCCCAUACAAACACAUUGAAUAACAGAUUCACUACAUGGAACAACAGAUAGUCCUUACUGCUAUUAGCCCAUACAAACACAUUGAAUAACAGAUUCACUACAUGGAACAACAGAUAGUCCUUACUGCUAUUAGCCCAUACAAACACAUUGAAUAACAGAUUCACUACAUGGAACAACAGAUAGUCCUUACUGCUAUUAUCCCAUAUAAACACAUUGAAUAACAGAUUCACUACAUGGAACAACAGAUAGUCCUUACUGCUAUUAGCCCAUACAAACACAUUGAAUAACAGAUUCACUACAUGGAACAACAGAUAGCCCUUACUGCUAUUAGCCCAUACAAACACAUUGAAUAACAGACUCACUACAUGGAACAACAGAUAGUCCUUACUGCUAUUAGCCCAUACAAACACAUUGAAUAACAGAUAGUCCUUACUGCUAUUAGCCCAUACAAACACAUUGAAUAACAGAUAGUCCUUACUGCUAUUAGCCCAUACAAACACAUUGAAUAACAGAUAGUCCUUACUGCUAUUAGCCCAUACAAACACAUUGAAUAACAGAUAGUCCUUACUGCUAUUAGCCCAUACAAACACAUUGAAUAACAGAUAGUCCUUACUGCUAUUAGCCCAUACAAAACACAUUGAAUAACAGAUUCACUACAUGGAACAACAGAUAGUCCUUACUGCUAUUAGCCCAUACAAACACAUUGAAUAACAGAUUCACUACAUGGAACAACAGAUAGUCCUUACUGCUAUUAGCCCGUACAAACACAUUGAAUAACAGAUUCACUACAUGGAACAACAGAUAGUCCUUACUGCUAUUAGCCCAUACAAACACAUUGAAUAACAGAUUCACUACAUGGAACAACAGAUAGUCCUUACUGCUAUUAGCCCAUACAAACACAUUGAAUAACAGAUAGGCCUUACUGCUAUUAGCCCAUACAAACACAUUGAAUAACAGAUAGUCCUUACUGCUAUUAGCCCAUACAAACACAUUGAAUAACAGAUAGUCCUUACUGCUAUUAGCCCAUACAAACACAUUGAAUAACAGAUUCACUACAUGGAACAACAGAUAGUCCUUACUGCUAUUAGCCCAUACAAACACAUUGAAUAACAGAUUCACUACAUGGAACAACAGAUAGUCCUUACUGCUAUUAGCCCGUACAAACACAUUGAAUAACAGAUUCACUACAUGGAACAACAGAUAGUCUUUACUGCUAUUAGCCCAUACAAACACAUUGAAUAACAGAUUCACUACAUGGAACAACAGAUAGUCCUUACUGCUAUUAGCCCAUACAAACACAUUGAAUAACAGAUUCACUACAUGGAACAACAGAUAGUCCUUACUGCUAUUAGCCCGUACAAACACAUUGAAUAACAGAUUCACUACAUGGAACAACAGAUAGUCCUUACUGCUAUUAGCCCAUACAAACACAUUGAAUAACAGAUUCACUACAUGGAACAACAGAUAGUCUUUACUGCUAUUAGCCCAUACAAACACAUUGAAUAACAGAUUCACUACAUGGAACAACAGAUAGUCUUUACUGCUAUUAGCCCAUACAAACACAUUGAAUAACAGAUAGUCCUCCAAAACAUUCUCAAGUUUGUUGUGAAGUGUCUGUCCUGUAUGUAUGUAUGUAUGUGUGUCUGUGUGUGUGUGUGUCUGUGUGUGUGUGUCUGUGUGUGUGUGUCUGUGUGUGUGUAUGUGUGUGUGGCAGAUCAGGGGUUUGGGUCAAGACGUUUACACAGAUCAGACACGGCCAGAGUGUGAUUAGCUCAGUUUCAACACAGAUCAGACACGGCCAGAGUAUGAUUAGCUCGUUUUCAAGGGUGUUUAUUAAUAAAAUAAUCAAAGAAAAGGUUAGGUCUACCCCAUGAGAUCCUCUCCACGAUACCGUCUCCAACUACUUCCCCCAGUCCUCCCCCAUGAGACCCUCUCCAGGAUACCGUCUCCAACUACUUCCCCCAGUCCUCCCCCAUGAGACCCUCUCCAGGAUACCGUCUCCAACUACUUCCCCCACUCCUCUCAUCUGCUGCCCUUCUGGCCGCUUUAUGGGCCUUGAGCAAUCCGCCCUUAAUUACUCCCCAGCUCCCAAUCAGCCCCAGUUAGUCCUGUGCGGGGAGCCCGGCGAGACCUGGCCCGUCCAGCAGAUGGAGCCACUGCCUCCUGAUGUAUACUCCAGCCCGGCGAGACCUGGCCCGUCCAGCAGAUGGAGCCACUGCCUCCUGAUGUAUACUCCAGCCCGGCGAGACCUGGCCCGUCCAGCAGAUGGAGCCACUGCCUCCUGAUGUAUACUCCAGCCCGGCGAGACCUGGCACGUCCAGCAGAUGGAGCCACUGCCUCCUGAUGUAUACUCCAGCCUGGCGAGACCUGGCCCGUCCAGCAGAUGGAGCCACUGCCUCCUGAUGUAUACUCCAGCCCGGCGAGACCUGGCCCGUCCAGCAGAUGGAGCCACGGCCUCCUGAUGUAUACUCCAGCCCGUCGAGACCUGGCCCGUCCAGCAGAUGGAGCCACGGCCUCCUGAUGUAUACUCCAGCCCGGCGAGACCUGGCCCGUCCAGCAGAUGGAGCCACUGCCUCCUGAUGUAUACUCCAGCCCGGCGAGACCUGGCCCGUCCAGCAGAUGGAGCCACCACCUCGUGAUGUAUACUCCCAUCUGUUACCAGGCCUCGACGAGUCUCCCCCUGGUGGCUGACCUGCUGUACGCCACAAAAUAUAUGUGUGAAGGAAAGAUCAGGAAACAUUUGUUUUUUCUUACAUGUAUUUAAACCCAUAUUUUUGGCAUUAAACAGUCUCCAUAUUAUACUUCCAUACCGGUGGACCUUCAGGCGAGUUGAGGCCUGUGGGCUUCCUAGUGCAAAACAACUGAGUCUCACCUUUCCACAGAGGGGGGGUCAUAUUAGUGUGUAGCCCAAACUGUCCACUCAACAGACAGGAGUUGGCAGAUCGGCUGCACCGACCUCUGUGGAGUCCCAAGACGCUUGUUGGGGUUUUAGAGCAAAACUGAGAACACCAUCGUUUUGGUGAGUCUCCUUUCCAUAGAGGUCAUAGUUUGUAGCCAAACCAUUCGGACGCUACAGACGAUUGUUGUGAGGAGACGGAUUUUCAAGGUUUUCUUAUGGUCUGACACGCCGCUCUAGCAAUGCCACCUUUCACAGCAGAUGUGGCAGUGUGACGUCGGCGGAUGCGGUGGAUUGAGACUCAUCCAACGGAUAUCUAACUUACACUGACAGAGUUUUAUGGAUUGCUUUAUUAUGCUAAUUCGAUGUCAGACUCUGUGGUUUAAACGUCUUAAGGGCCAGAGGUUGUGUUUCUACAUUUUAGUCAUUUAGCAGACGCUCUUAUCCAGAGCGACUUACAGUGAGUGAGUGCAUACAUUUUCAUACUGGCCCCCCGUGGGAAACGAACCCACAACCCUGGCGUUGCAAGCGCCAUGCUCUACCAACUGAGCUACAGGGGACUAUACUAAGCUAACAUUCAUUAACACACUGGGAAACAUUACUGUCUGUAGAGGACCUCUGAUCACUCUCACCUCUCCCUCUCCCUCUCUCAGAUCCACAUGUCCAAGAAGUAUGGCUUCACUAAGUUCAACGCGGUGGACUUUGAUCAAAUGAUGGCUGAGAAGCGUGUGAUUCCUGAUGGCUGUGGGGUGAAGUACAUCCCCUCGACUGGCCCCCUGGCUCGCUGGAAGAAGAUUCACGCCAUCUAGACACCCAACUACACAGUGACUGUCUAGA